AUGGACAGACUGGUGAAGGCAGACGUGAAGGAAGUGAAUCUAAGCUUCUCCAAAGGCCAUAAGUGCUCUACCACUUUUAGGUUAACCAAUCUCAUGCACACCAUGUCUGUAGCCGUUUCUCUCACCUCAUCCAAUCCAUCCAUCUUCUCCUUCGUACAAUCUCUUUCUAUCAUCCCACCUCUCUCUACUUCAUCAUUCACUCUCCUCUUAUCUCAGCCAUCUGAUCAGCCACCUCUCUCCUCCCCGCUAGACACCGUCCUCGUCCGAACAUGUAUGCUUCCUACAGGCAAAGCACAUCAGGAUGAUCUUCGCCGCUUGUUUUCGAGACCAGGUCCACAUAUCUUCAAGGACGCCACCAUCCCCAUCUCCUUUGUAGGUCCUCAUGUCGUCGAGUUCCUUCUAUCUUCCUCUUACAAGAGCUUGGAAAUCGCUUUUCUUUUACCCAAAGCAAUUUCUUGGUGUGACAAAUCUCAGCUCACCUCGUUGCUCAGAUCUGCUGCCAGAAAAGGAAACUCUCACUUAGUUUCAGCUUUGAUUGAGGCUGGUGCUGAUGUAAAUGGUAAGGAAUCGGGCUCGCCGUCGGUGAUGUCAUUAGCCGUUCAAUCUGGAAAUAUCGAUGUUGUUCAACUCUUGAUCGAGUCAGGUUAUAUAAUGGAGAAUUCAGCUGAUCGGCUUUUACACGAUGCAGCAGCCAUGAAUAGAGUUGAUUUAAUGGAGAUUUUGUGUUUGGGUUACGUAGAUAUUGAAUUGAACUCAGUCGAUGAUCAUGGUCGAACUGCUCUUCAUGUUGCUGCAAUUAACGGACAUGUUGAAGUUCUUCGAUUUCUUGUUGGGGUGGGAAGUGAUCCUACUGUUGUAGACUCUAAUGGGUGGACUCCCCUUCAUUUCGCUUCGUCUGAAGGCCAUUUUGAAGCGGUUGAUUUCUUGUUGAACAAUUCAACCUAUGUGAAAUAUGCACUAACAAGAGAAGGAAAAACCGCCUUCACCAUUGCAGUCGAUAAGGGUUACUCAAAUUUAUACGAUUUGUUACAUCUGAAUGAUGUUUUGCAUAGAGCUGCGAGAUUGAAUGAUGUAACUGGGAUGAAAAGUUGUAUCGCAGAAGGGGCGAAGGUUAACAGUAGAGAUCAGAACGGUUGGACCCCUUUGCACAGAGCUGCAUUCAAAGGUGGGUUGGAGAGUAUAAAGCUUUUGCUGGAUCAGGGGGCUCAGAUUGAUCUCGUUGACGAUGCCGGCUACACGGCGUUCCAUCGGGCCGUUGAGGCCGGUCAUCUGCAGGUUGCACUGUAUCUGGUGGCUAGUGGGGCUAGAGCUAAUGUGAAGGGUCUCAAAGGUAAGGUUCUUUCUGAUUUGGAUUGUUUCAAGAACCAUCCUUCUCUUGUAACUUCUUUUCGUCUGGAGGAAGAAAUAGCUUGA